AUUCUGAGGGCGUGGCUUCUCCAAAAAUAAAAAUGACAGUCCUGACUGCUUUCGCUUAUGGCAUAUAUACAUUUGGGCCGCCCGUGGCUCUUUUCUUCGUCACAGUUGCAAGGCACCCACACGAGAUUAUUACUAUGAUACUAGGUGCGUUCUUCUGGUUACUAGCAUUAUUAUUUGCGUCGCUGGUCUGGAUUAUUGUGAUACCGCUUAAAGACACUCCGGCAUUCACUCUACCAAUAUCAGUUAUACUGCAAGAAGUCUUCAGGUGGCUCUAUUUCAAGUUGCUCAAAAAAGCAGAUCACCUCUUGGAAAUUGUCAGUGAAGAUAAGUCCGACCUAAGGAAGCACAAGAUAGCAUAUGUUGGAGGAUUAGGUUUUGGUCUGAUAGCUGGUAUUGUAAUGUUUGCUAAUGUCCUAUCAGUUGCUUCUGGCCCAGGGACAGUCAGAAGCAAUCAAUACUUUGUUACAGUAUCAGCAUUUAGUACUCAAGUGAUGAUCAUUCUCCACAUUUGUUGGGGGGUCAUAUUCUUUGCUGGUCUAGAAAGCAAGAACUGGCUUUAUAUUUUUGCUGUACCCAUUUCUCACAUGUUCAUAUCUUGUCUGUCUCUUCUUAUAAACCUGGCCAAUACUCCUGCUUAUUUCUUAUCUUUUGGUUAUUUCCUUUGUGUUGUGUUUGUUGCUCUUGCUUUCUUUGCUGCCGGAGCAAGGCCUAAAACUCUGGUUGAUUUUUUCAAGCGAUAGUCAAGUCCUCAUCAAGAAUGCUACUCUAACUCCUCCAGUGUUUUUAAUAAUAAUCCUAUCUCUCGCUUCUCUUUCUCUAAAUAUUAUAUUUCUGUUGUUAUUACUCUCAUAUAAAGUA